AUGGCCGCGCGCUGGAGCUGUGCCGGGGUGCUGCUGUCAGCCGCACUGGCGGCAUCGUGUGGCUGCGGCGUACUGCUGGAGCCGGAGCCGGAGCCGCGACCGGAGCCGCCACCCAGCGUGCCCGGCGCCAGCAUCAACGGCAUGUUCAGAAUCAUAUCGCUGGCCGUUCAGCGGGAGCUGCGGCCGGCCGUCAGCAAACUCGAGUCGCAGAUGGAGUCGAUGAACAGCCGCCAGAGUCUGCUCGAGUCCAUGGUCUCCGUGCUGACCACCCAGACCCUGAAAAACGGACAGAGUCAUCAGACCGAGCAACUGUCCAGCCAGCUGGCGAGUCAGCAGUCGCAGCUGAACGAGGUCAGGGCACAACUCAACGGGCUAGCCUCGGAGGAGCCCGCCACAGGCCCAUCCAACGAGGACACCAACCCGCGUGUGCAUUUUGGCGUCCGGCGUCCGGCAAUCAGCCUAACACGGAGACUCAGAGGUUCACGGCUCGGCAGCCUGUGGCCAGAACUGGAUGACUCCAACAGCGAGCCCGAACAGGAGUCCGCUGAAGACACCUCAGCAGCCGCAGCACAUGACCACGCAGCGCUGUUCGGAAGCCUGGACUCCUUCUCCAACGUGCGAGGAGCCCGGUCGACGGACAGCCAGGGGACGACCCAAAGGAGGUGCAGCGCUGAUCGCUCUCCUGCCGCGGCAGCUCAGACCGCUGCCCGCGAUUGCAGUGACCUGCACGUCGGCUCCACAUCUGGAACCUACCUCCUUCAGCCCAGCAAUGACAGCAAACAGUCACCCGUCGAGGCGUACUGCGACAUGGACACUACCGGAGGGAACUGGACGGUGAUCCAGCGACGGGCGGACAUCGAACCUCGGCAGGACUUCUACCUCGGAUGGACCGACUACAAGGAGGGAUUUGGUAAUGUAGCCCAGGAAUUCUGGUGGGGCCUAGAACACCUUUAUCAGCUAACGUCAUCAGGCCGACAGUACGAGCUCCGUAUUGAUCUGGAGGCUUUUGACGGUAAUCGAUCAUACGCUAUAUACCAAGGGUUCCGCAUCUCCUCUGAGGUGGACGGCUACAGACUGAGCGUCACCAACUACUCGGGAACUGCCGGGGACGGUCUGAUGGAGAACGUCAACUACCAGUUCUCCACUGAGGACCGCGACAGCGACCAUCUGUCCACGCUGAGCUGCGCCCGCGUGCACCGCGGCGCCUGGUGGUACGGCCAGUGGUGCGGGCUCAGCAACCUGAACGGACGGUACUCGGAGGCCAGCGGCGGCUCCCGCACCGGAAUCUGGUGGUUCCCGUGGAGGGCCAUGGAGUCGCUGAAGAAGACAGAGAUGAAAAUCAGGCCGACCUAA